CAUUGACUGUCGAUAAAAGUUACGUUAGCCCCGCUAUCGGCUCCAGCUCAGCCCGGACAGGUGAAACAAGCGGCUAACUUGUUUGGCGUUUCUCCCAUCUGCGACCAGCCAGCGAACAAGGUCCAUAUCUGCUAACGUUAGCCAACAUGCUAGCUGCCCAGGGCGACUGUCUGGUACUCCAAAACUUAGGCAAAGAGCGUAAAUAUCGCGAAAAUCGCCGACCCACAGCUACACCGUGUACAUAAAGACAACUCUUAGUUAUACAUCUUAUAAAAUAGUCCAACCCUUCGACACAAGGGGCUAAAAUUUGCCUUAUAAACGUUAGCCAAUUAGCUCGGUUAUGUUGCAAACUGACUGCUAACCGACGUUAGCCUAACAGCUAGCCAGUUAGUCCUCCAGGUCCCGUCUCUUUUUGCGACCUUCCUUCGUGGGGGAAAAUAUACCCAAGUCAACGUCGCGUACAGUUGGCUUUUCUGGUUUGCGAUAGACUGAGAUUAACGGUGUUAGUCCCGUGCUGACGGACUACCGGGUGAGGGAAUGCAUAUCUCUUGGUCAGAUCUUCCCCGAGGCAGCAUUUGGCAUUGACGGUGUGGAGCUCCGCUGGGCAGACAGACAGACAGACAGGGCGGCUGGGAACGCCUCGUUUGCAGGCUUGUCUGGACCGCUCGUCUCCGGGAUCAGGUUGCUGCGGGUUGGUGUUGGGGGUGGAGGACUGUCCUACACAGUCAGGAAGGGGUGCUGCUGCAGCGCCGCGGUGCCGCAGACUAUGGAUAUAACACAGUGUAAACAUAAUGCUGCAUUUAAACUCUCCAUGCAAUCCUCACAGUUGUUAUGUUGUUGUAAACACUGGAAAGCGUGGCUCAGAUUUAUAUCUAUCUAACGCAUCGGAUUUCUAGCUUAGUGUUUUAUUAUGCAUGAUCCCUGUUAAAUAAAUUCUGCACAAAUGACAUAUUCACUCACUAAUCAGAAAGAUUACUUACGAACGCAUGCCAUGUGAACAGUCACUGAACUGUAAUCGUUGCACUGUGCAAAAUUAAUCAGCAGUCAGACUCAUAAUCGCCGUAAACAGACAGGAGACAAACCACUCGCUCUAUCUGACUCAUUUACUUUGAAGUAAAAAAAAAAAAUUAUAUAUCUGAAUGCAACCUGUAAAUGAAAAAUCACAAGGUAAAAUGCCGCAAAGUAUGCGCACUUAUUCCUAAUAUUGUAAGAGAGAGAGACAAAAGUGUUAAAGAGAUAGAUCGAUACUUUCUAAAUUUGUUUGAUAACGUGAUAAAAGCUUUAUAUUACAUAUGCAUUAUUAGUAGUAGUAGCCUAGUAGUAGCAGCAGCAGUAUUCCCAUGGAUAUCCCCUUAUUUCAUGUUUCACACAUCACACUGCUACUAGCCUACAACAUAAGGUAGGCCUACUCUAUACGAUUGCUAUUAAAGGCAUCAAUAGUUUUUCAACUUUCAGUGCUGCUUUACUGCCUCUGUGUGGUCAAUAACUUCAUCCAGAGUUUCAAGCCUAAAGCACGGAUUGUACAGUUAAAACAAUAAUUAUUCCAGCAGGUGGCAAUGUUAGCCUGUGCCUACAGCAGGACAGCGUGCAGUUUGUACUUAUAUAACCUCAAAAUACUAUUUAGUGCUGCUCAAAUAGGUAAUUUAUGCGUCUUGUAUUGAUAUGAACUUUUAAGGCAUUAAUUGUCUGAGUCCUUUAAUGUCACAAACUAUUAUAGGCCUACAUGGAAACAUAAUAUUAGAUAUAUCAUAAAUAUCAUAAAGUGGCAUUUGGACACUAUAAGUGUCCCACAGUCUUAGGCCUGCUGUCUAAUGUCAUUUUAUAUACAGUGGCACUGAUUUGUUCCUACGUCUAGCCUCCAAAUAUGAUUGAUGAAUUAGUUUACAGUGAUGUAUCACUGGGCAUUACCGAGGAAGGGGGACGUGCCAGUUUGCGCAAGGGACCUCCGCUGACGGGACAGAGCAUAGCAGGCUUUGGAUGUUGCUCUUCGAUUGCUGUUGACCAGGGAAUUCAUCUUAAGGCGAGGAAGUUUACCCGGGGGCUCAACAAACCGGGCACCGCUGCAGAGCUGAGGCAGAGCGUCUCCGAGGCUGUCAGGACGUCGGUGCUGAUGGUAAAGCCAAAGAUCAUAGAGCCUCUGGACUAUGAGAAUGUGCUUCUGCAGAGGAAGACUCAGAUCAUCAGUGAUGUUCAGCGGGACAUGCUACAGUUCCCCACGGACGACUUCCUGAUCUCCACCCUGAGGCGCCAGGGCAGGACUCUGUUCUCCACUGUGCCAGAGACUGCUGAGAAAGAAGCUCACUCGCUGUUCGUCCAAGAGUGUAUCAAAACCUACAAGUCUGACUGGCAUGUGGUCAAUUACAAGUAUGAAGAGUAUUCUGGAGACUUCCGUCAGCUUCCAAAUAAGGUGUUGAGACCUGAGAAACUGGCGGCUCACCUGUUUGAGGUGGAUGAAGACGUGGACAAAGACGAGGACACAGCCUCCCUCGGAUCUCAGAAGGGAGGAGUGUCUAAACAUGGCUGGCUGUACAAAGGCAACAUGAACAGUGCAAUCAGUGUGACUAUGCGGUCCUUCAAGAGGAGGUACUUCCAUCUGGCCCAACUGGGAGAUGGAUCCUACAACCUGAACUUCUACAAGGAUGAGAACACUUCAAAGGAACCCAAAGGAACCAUCUUUCUUGACUCGUGCAUGGGGGUUGUUCAGAACAGCAAAGUGCGCCGGUUUGCCUUUGAGCUGAAGAUGCAAGAUAAGAGCACGUUCCUGCUGGCUGCAGACAGCGAAGCAGAGAUGGAGGAGUGGAUUGGCACACUCAACAAGAUUCUCCACAGCAGCUUUGAACAGGCCAUGCAGGAGAAGAGGAACGGAGACCUGCAUGAUGAUGAGGAGCAUGGAAAAACAGACCUCUCCUCCGGAAGUUUUCAAGACAGCUUUCAGACUGCCAGAGAUAUUGAGUCCAAAACAAGGAGUGAAGCUCGCUUGAAGCUGUUCACUUUGGACCCUGACACACAGAAACUGGACUUCUCUGGCAUUGAGCCAGACGUGCGUCAGUUUGAAGAGAAGUUUGGGAAGAGGGUCCUGGUCAACUGUCAUGACCUGUCUUUCAACCUGCAGGGCUGUGUUGCAGAGAAUGAAGAGGGACCCACAACUAAUGUGGAGCCUUUCUACGUGGUGCUGUCGCUCUUUGACGUCCAGAACAGUAGAAAGAUCUCGGCCGACUUCCACGUGGAUCUCAACCACCCGUUGGUCCGACAAAUGACAUCAGGCUCUAGUAGCGGGCAGGACGUGCACAUCAAUGGCAGUGGUGAUGUUCCCCUGGCUGGCCAAAGGCAGGCCAGUGGGCUCCCAGAGGGGGCUCUCCAGUACCCCAGAAAGGGGGUGUUCUCAGUCACAUGCCCCCAUCCGGAGAUCUUCCUGGUGGCCAGGAUUGAGAAAGUCCUGCAGGGGGGGAUCACCCACUGCACUGAACCCUACAUGAAGAGCUCAGACUCCGCCAAGACGGCUCAAAAGGUGCUGAAGAAUGCUAAGACAGCCUGCAGCAGACUGGGACAGUACAGGAUGCCAUUCGCCUGGGCUGCAAGGCCUGUGUUCAAAGAUGCGUCGGGAACUUUGGACAAAAGCGCUCGCUUCUCAGCUCUUUACAGACAGGACAGCAGCAAGCUGUCAGAUGAGGACAUGUUCAAAGUGCUUACUGACUUCAGAAAACCAGAGAAAAUGGCCAAACUCCCUGUGCUCUUAGGGAACUUAGAUGUAACUAUCGACAGCGUGGCCCCGGAUGUAACCAAUUGUGUGACUUCCUCCUACAUCCCUGUGAGGAACUUUGAAGGCAACGGGCCAGGCAGCGCUCUUCUGGAGGUGGAGGAGUUUGUGCCCUGCAUCGCUAAGUGCUCCCAACCAUUUACCAUCUAUAAAAACCACCUCUAUGUGUACCCAAAAAACCUCAAAUAUGACGGACAGAAAUCAUUUGCUAAGGCGAGGAAUAUUGCCGUUUGCAUUGAAUUCAAGGAUUCAGAUGAGGAUGAUGCCCAGCCGCUGAAGUGCAUCUAUGGUCAUCCAGGAGGUCCUGUAUUCACUAAGCAGGCGUAUGCAGCCGUCCUACACCACCAGCAGAACCCCGACUUCUAUGACGAGAUAAAGAUAGAGCUGCCUACUCAGCUGCACGAGAAGCAUCACCUUCUCUUCACCUUCUAUCAUGUCAGCUGUGACAGCAACAGCAAGAAGAAAGACCUGGUGGAGACCCCAGUGGGUUCAGCAUGGCUGCCUCUGCUAAGGGAUGGCAGAGUCAUCAUGAAUGAACAGCAGCUGCCUGUGGCCGCCAAUCUGCCCGCUGGGUACCUCGGCUCCCAGGAUGGCGUCAACAAGCACUCUGGUUCAGAGAUCAAAUGGGUAGACGGAGCAAAAUCCCUGUUCAAAGUUUCAACUCAUCUUGUUUCCACAGUUUAUACUCAGGAUCAGCACUUGCACAACUUCUUCCACCAUCGUCAAAGCAUGGAGUUGUCAGAACAAGCUUCAGAGGGGGAGUUGGUUAAAUACCUGAAGAGUCUCCAUGCGAUGGAGGGUCAUGUCAUGGUCAACUUUCUGCCCACCAUUCUCAACCAGUUGUUCUGCGUCCUAACCAGAGCCACACAUGAGGAUGUGGCUGUCAACGUGACCAGGGUGAUGGUUCAUGUUGUAGCACAGUGCCAUGAAGAAGGGCUUGAACACUACUUGAGAUCUUAUGUCAAGUUUGUGUUUAAGCCAGAGGCUUAUUCCUCCACCAAUGUAAAAACAGUCCAUGAGGAGCUGGCUAAAGCCAUGACUGCCAUUCUCAAGCCGUCCACAGACUUCCUAACUAGCAACAAGCUGCUGAAGCACUCGUGGUACUUCUUUGAAGCUCUGGUGAAAUCAAUGGCACAUUAUCUCAUAGAGAGCGGGAAGGUCAAGCUCUCCAGGAACCAGCGUUUUUCUGUAUCGUUCUACCAUGCAGUGGAGACUCUGGUGAAUAUGCUGAUGCCACACAUCACCCAGAAAUACAAGGACAACCUGGAUGCAGCUCGCAAUGCCAAUCACAGCCUGGCAGUUUUCACCAAGCGCUGCUUCACCUUCAUGGACAGAGGCUUCGUAUUCAAGCAGAUCAACAACUACAUGAACUGCUUUGUGCCUGGAGACCCCAAGACUCUGUAUGAGUUCAAGUUUGAGUUCCUGCGGGUUGUUUGCAACCAUGAGCACUACGUCCCUCUUAAUCUGCCCAUGCCCUUUGGAAAAGGUAGAAUUCAGCGCUUCCAAGAUCUUCAGCUGGACUAUUCUCUGACUGAUGACUUCUGUCGAAACCACUUCCUGGUGGGGCUGCUGCUGAGGGAGGUGGGCGGGGCUCUUCAGGAGUUCCGAGAGAUCCGUCAGAUCGCCAUCCAGGUGCUCAAGGGGCUGAUGAUCAAACACACCUUUGACGACCGCUAUGCUGCGAAAAGCCAGCAGGCCAGACUUGCUACCCUCUACCUCCCUCUGUUUGGCCUGUUCCAGGAGAACGUCUACAGAUUAGACAUCAAGGAGUCAGCCCCCCUCAGUAAUCACAAUAAUGCCAGGGAGGACUCUCUGGUCCCCAACUCCAUGGUGACUCCUCACAAACCUGGGAGCUGCAUAGAGAAUGCUCUCCACAAAGAUGUGUUCGGGGUCAUCUCUGGAACAGCCUCCCCUCACAGCUCCACUCCCAACGUCAGCUCAGUUCACCACGCAGAUUCCAGAGGCUCUCUGGUCUCCACUGACUCUGGAAACAGCUUGCUAGACAAGAACAGUGAAAAGACCAACUCCCUGGAGAAGAACCAGUGUGCGUCAGCUCUGGGCAGCACUGUGCUGCGCUGUGACAAACUGGACCGGGACGAGAUCAAAAACCUGCUCAUGUGCUUUCUUCAUAUCCUCAAGAGCAUGUCAGAGGAGGCCCUUUUCGCAUACUGGAACAAAGCACCUUCUUCAGAACUAAUGGACUUCUUUACAUUAAUUGAAAUCUGCCUUCAUCAGUUUAGAUACAUGGGGAAGAGAUUCAUCGCCAGGAGCCAGGAGGGGGCAGGGCCUGUAGCUCCAGACAGGAAGGCUCUGACUCUGCCUGUGUCUCGUAACAGGGCGGGGAUCCUGCACGCCCGUCUUCAGCAGCUGGGAACUCUGGAGAACGCCCACACCUUCAACAACAUGUAUUCCCAUACGGAAGCAGAGGUGAGCAGCCAGUGCCUGCUGGAGGCCAACGUGUCUACAGAAGUCUGUCUGACUGUGCUGGACACACUCAGCAUCUUCAUCAUGGGUUUCAAGACCCAGCUAAAUUCAGAUCUUGGUCACAACCCCCUGAUGAAGAAAGUGUUCCAGGUCCAUCUGUGCUUCCUGCAGAUCCCUCAGUCUGAGGCCGCCCUCAAACAGGUCUUCACCUCACUCAGGACCUUCAUCUACAAGUUCCCCUGUACCUUCUUUGACGGCCGGGCCGACAUGUGUGCCUCUCUAUGCUAUGAAAUCCUCAAGUGCUGUAACUCCAAGCUGAGCUCCAUCCGCAGUGACGCUGCCCAUCUUCUCUACUUCCUCAUGAAAAGCAACUUUGACUAUACCGGACGCAAGUCUUUCGUACGAACGCACCUGCAGGUGGUAAUUGCUGUCAGUCAGCUGAUUGCUGAUGUCAUCGGCAUCGGGGGUACUCGUUUCCAGCAGUCUCUCUCCAUCAUUAACAACUGUGCCAACAGCGACAAGAACAUCAAGCACACAGCAUUUCCGUCAGAUGUGAAGGACCUGACCAAGCGCAUCAGGACAGUGCUGAUGGCCACAGAGCAGAUGAAGGAGCACGAGAACGACCCGGAGAUGCUGGUGGACCUCCAGUACAGCUUGGCCAAGUCCUACACCAGCACGCCAGAGCUCCGCAAGACCUGGCUCGACAGCAUGGCUCGCAUCCACCACAAGAACGGAGAUCUUUCAGAGGCAGCCAUGUGUUAUGUGCAUGUUGCCGCCCUGGUGGCUGAGUAUCUGUGGAGGAAAGGUAUGUUCAGGCAGGGCUGCUCGGCUUUCCGCGUCAUCACUCCAAACAUUGAUGAGGAGGCAGCCAUGAUGGAAGACGUGGGGAUGCAGGAUGUUCACUUCAAUGAGGAGGUGCUGAUGGAGCUGUUGGAGGAGUGUGCUGAUGGCCUCUGGAAGGCGGAGCGUUAUGAACUCAUCGCUGAUGUCUACAGGCUCAUCAUUCCCAUCUACGAACAGCGCAGGGACUUUGAGAAACUGACACACUUGUAUGAUACCCUCCACCGUGCCUAUACUAAAGUGAUGGAGGUAAUGCAUACUGGCAAAAGGCUGCUGGGAACUUACUUCAGAGUGGCCUUCUUUGGACAGGGCUUCUUUGAGGAUGAAGAUGGAAAGGAAUACAUCUACAAGGAGCCAAAGUUCACCCCACUGUCUGAGAUUUCCCAGAGGCUCCUGAAACUCUACUCCGACAAGUUUGGUCAGGAGAAUGUCAAGAUCAUUCAGGACUCUGGCAAGGUGAACCCGAAGGACCUAGACUCCAAGUACGCCUACAUCCAGGUGACCCACGUCACACCGUACCUAGAUGACAAGGAGCUGGAGGACAGGAAGACGGACUUUGAGAAGAGCCACAACAUACGGCGCUUUGUGUUUGAGACGCCGUUCACAGUGUCGGGCAAGAAGCAGGGAGGGGUUGAGGAGCAGUGUAAACGGAGGACUGUUCUCACCACCACCCACUGUUUUCCUUACGUGAAGAAGCGCAUAGCGGUCAUGUACCAACACCAGACCGACAUGAGCCCCAUUGAGGUGGCCAUAGACGAGAUGAGCGCCAAGGUGGCCGAGCUGCGCCUCUUGUGUUCGGUCGCUGAGGUGGACAUGAUCCGUCUGCAGCUCAAACUGCAAGGCAGCAUCAGUGUUCAGGUCAAUGCUGGUCCUCUCGCUUACGCCAGGGCUUUCCUCGAUGACAGCAGUGCCAAGAAAUAUCCUGACAACAAGGUCAAACAGCUGAAAGAGGUGUUCAGGCAGUUUGUGGAUGCCUGUGGUCAGGCGCUGUUAGUGAACGAGAGGCUGAUCAAAGAGGACCAGCAGGAGUAUCAUGAUGAGAUGAAGGCCAACUACAGGGACCUGACCAGGGAGCUGUCAAACAUCAUGCAUGAACAGAUAAACCCAGUGGAGGAUGGCACAAGGAGCAAUCUGUCUGACUCUAUCGGCAUCUUCAACGCCAUCAGUGGCACACCAACCAGUGCCAACCCACAUGGUUCAACCACCAUACUCUGAUAUGGAUGUUUCACACUAGUCUCAAGCCUUCUUCACCACUAAUAAAUGAUUUAACUACAUGCCAGUAAUAAGGAAACAAUUAGGACACACUCUAAGUAACUAAACACAUUCUGAAGACAUCAUCCAUUUUCUUCUGCUAUUUCUGUACUUGUCCUGAGCUGGAAAAUGUUGUAUUAGUUGGCCCAUUGUUUCCUAUGGAGACUCCAGCCAAUACAGUUGAUUGACCGUGAUUCUAUCAGCUUAUUGCCAGAUUUGGGUCAUUCAUCCAUUUUGUAUAGUUUGUUUAUGUCUAUGUAAGAUCUGGGAAGCAUAUGUGAUGACACAGCAAGUGUUUAUCCAAUACUGUGACUGACAACGUGCUUAUGCUCUCCUAAUUAACAUGGUGUUGUAAGCAACAUGAGGGACGUCAGUAUUUGCAUUUGACCCAAAGCCUCACCUUUUAACUGUAGGGCUCCCAUUAAUGUACAGUGUUUGUAAGAGAGUGCAUCAACAUUUUUGAUGGAAAUAAAUGAAUAAAUGUCACUGCUGUAACCUUACAUGCAUUCUUCAGCUGAUGCACAGCAUAUUUUUACAUUUCCCUUUUCUAUUCUUUUCCAUUGAGGCCCUGUUACAGCAGAGACAUUUUUUCUGUGCAAUGCAUAAACAUCAGAGUUUAUCUUUUAUCUUACUUUGGACAUUUGAAAGAAAUAUUCACUCUAUUCUAGGCCAAUGGGUGUGUAUAGAAACUGUAUAAAGCCAAGUGAACCACAAUGUUUUAACCUAUUUUCUGUGAAUAAAAGUUUGUGCAAUAUUUUCUAUUGUGACCAAGGCUACCUACUGCACAGAAAACCACUCUUGCCAAAGACAUUAAAAAAAGACAAUGCAAGACAAGGGUGUGACUAUUUCUAAUCUAACCCCUUUGUUUUUUGUCUGUCAUGUAGAUGCCUUUUAUUAUCUAUUAGAUCAAAUAAAGAAACAUUUAUACUUAUGACUGCUCAUGUACAUAUGUUUAAUUUUUACGUAAUGAAUGCUCAUGUAAAUAUGUUUAAGACUUAUAAAUAAAUAAAAUCUGUAAUAAUA